UAAUCUCAUGGCAAAAGCAAGCGACGAUCCAGAAGGACACAAAUACCGCAUAAAGCUUGCGUGCUUCCUCAUCACCAUGCUACAGGGUCCCGUCGAUAUUGGUAUCAAUCUUGUCACAAAUGAUCAAGUUGGUGUUCCUAUCUUGAGAAAAUUGUACGAAUCUGAAGAUGAGAAUGUCAAAGUGCGAGCACUUGUGGGUCUUUGCAAAUGUGCUGCCGCUGGUGGUGACGACGCUUCAAGAGCCACCAUGAAGGAGGGUGCUCCUCAGAAACUUGCGUCAACUUGCAAAAAGUUCUUGCUAGAUUACGAGAAGUAUAGCAUAGAUGUGAGAAGAUUCGCCUGUGAGGGAUUGUCAUACCUCUCACUUGACGCCGAUGUCAAGGAAUGGAUUGUCUCUGACUCGCUGCUCUUACGAGCACUCUUCUGCUUGGCUCAAUCCGCGGGCGCGCUUUGUUUUGUCUUACGGUUUCAUGCUUUUUUCUUUCUUGUGGUGUUGAAGCCAGGGAAUAUCAUAGCGAAAACUCAUGCUAAAUGUUUUCGAAACCUUGUUAUUUUUCCCUUCUUAAGGUUUACGCUGGCAAGUAUUUACUUUGCCAAGCAUCAUGUGCCAGAAACGCAUCCGAAAGACACGGAUGAUUAUGUGGAGAAGCGUAUCAGAUGCCUUGUAGAGGAGGGUGCAGUCGCUGCUUGCGUUGCUAUCAGCAAAACAGAAUCACACAAAGCACUUGAGCUACUUGCACGCGCUCUUCUUGCUUUCGCAGAAUUUGAGGACCUACGUGGUCGUAUUAUCAGC